UCUGUAGUUAUAAGCUCCACCCACAAACCACAAGUUCUUUUAAUCCAGGAGGAGAAUAAAUUCACCUCAGAACUGAGACUCACGCACACAAACACAGCUGAGAGACGAGGAACAACAUUCAGGUUCACACGCUCAGGAUUCUCCUCAUGGCUCCUCAGAAGAAUAAGCGCCGCAAGUUGAAUGUGGCCGGGUCUCGGGACAAUCCUCAGAGCUUUCAGGAUCAGGAUUUUCUCGCCCUGCAUCAGAAAUGUCUGAAUAAUAAAGAGCUGUUUGUGGAUGAGAAGUUUCCUGCAGAUCGGCGCGCUAUCGGCUCGGGCCUGCUGCCCCUGAACCAAGUGGGUAAAGUGGUGUGGAAAAGACCAUCGGAACUUGUAAAUAAUCCGAGUCUUAUAGUAGAUGGAGAGUCCAGGUUUGACUUCUCUCAGGGAGAACUUGGAAACUGCUGGUUUUUGGCUGCAAUAGGAGCGAUUACGUUCCAGAAGGACAUCAUGGAUCAGGUCAUUCCUGCUAAUCAGUCGUUUGAUGAGGAUUACGCAGGAAUAUUUCAUUUCAGGUUCUACAGAAACAGGAAGUGGGUGGAUGUGGUGAUAGAUGACCAGUUACCUACACUCAAAGGACAGCUGAUCUUCGUUAACUGUAAAACCCGUAAUGAGUUCUGGCCUGCACUGCUGGAGAAAGCCUACGCCAAAGUGUGCGGUUCCUACGCAGCGCUGAAUGGUGGCUUUAUAUCUGAUGGCCUGCAUGAUUUCACUGGCGGUGUGUACAAGACCUUCGACCUGACCUGUGCUUCUGAUAAUCUCUGGGAUCUGAUGGACCAGGCAGUGAAGCGUAGAGCUGUGAUCGGGUGUGGGACACCUCCGGGGCCCACUCCUGCAAACACGGUGCUGCCCAACGGCAUUGUUCAGGGACACGCCUACACCAUCACCGGAGUCACAAAGCUUAAGGCUCAGGGGAAACUGGUGAAACUGGUGAGAGUGCUGAACCCAUGGGGGAAAGGAGAGUGGAAGGGAGACUGGAGUGAUAAGUCGCGUCUGUGGAAUGAUGUGAGUAAGCAGGAUCGAGACUCAUGGCUGGAGGAAAAGAACAAUGGAGAGUUCUGGAUGUCGAUGGAGGAUUUCUGCAGGUGUUAUGAUGAGCUGGAUAUCUGCUCUAUUGGUCUGGACUUCCUGGAUUAAUCCUCUGCAUUCUGUCUGUAUUUCAGUAAAAUAUAACACUUUAUAUUCUCAUGGGUUUUUUUUUUUUUUUUUUUUUAUUUCUGACCACUUGUUUUUAUUUUCUUAUCACUGUUACUGUGGUGUGUGAUUUUAAUGCUGGAUGAACUUUAGUUUGGAUCGGGAAAAUGCUAAUUUUGCAAUGAAAAUCCAAGAUUUUAGAUCAUUUCCUCUAUGAUCUGCAGAAUUAUUUUAGUCACACAGGAAGCUGGUGAUUUUGCUUCAGACCUUUAAACAGUCUUGUAAUAAAUCUUAAAUAAAACUUUAACACAUUAAA